UUUUAAUAAAAAUACGACGCGCGGCUUCUAUUUGGCGUGAUUUCAGCGCAGUUCUGCGGUUUAUUAUAACUUUACUUAAAUAAACAGUUAAAUCUUUAGUUUCACUGUCUUACUCGUUUUUAAAAUAAUAUUAAAAAUGUUUGCGCAAAAGGUUAUUAGCCGCACGUGCCAGCAAGUAAGCCGAUUGAUGCCCAAAUUUAUUUCUAGUUCUGCAGAAGCAAACAGAUUAGAAAAAACAUUAAAUCAGGUUUGCUUAUUAGGAAGAGUAGGAGGUGAGCCACAAAAAAGAGGAACUGAACAACAUCCUGUUGUAGUUUUUUCAUUAGCUACCCAUACAAACUACAAAUAUGAUGGAGGUGAUUAUGUACAACGUACUGACUGGCACCGAAUUUGUGUAUUUAAACCAUAUUUGCGUGAUUCUGUUUACGAAAAUUUGAAGAAAGGCCAACGUAUUUUGGUAAAUGGAAGAUUGAGCUACGGUGAAAUUAAAGAUGAUAGUGGAAAUCCAAGACCCACAACUGCUGUGAUAGCCGAUGAGGUUAUAUUUUUCCAAACACAAAAACCUGGUGAAUAGUUUAAUUAGAGUUAACAAAAAAAAAGAAUCAAGUUUUGUA